UUUCCAUUUUGUUGAUUGGUGGAGGCGUUGAAAUUUCCAUUUUGUUGAAAGUACCGCCAAGCUCCAGCCAAUAAAGAAGACUCGGCAUGAACCCUCUCAUCAAAUAGGACAUGAAAGAGGUUAAUAAAUAGGAAAAUCUCUUACCAAGCAUAAUCUUCAUAAAUUCUUCAUAAUUUUCUCUCUUUUGUCUCAAUGGCCGGAGGAAAAUCUAAGAGCAAGGCCUCCAAGAAGAAGACCAACAUCGAAGCAACGUCCUCUGCGCCCCAGCAGUUUCCAUACCUGGACGGAUCCUUCCUCGAAUUUGGCUCGGAGGAAGAACUUACUCGAUUCAUCACCCACUUCGCCAAACGUCCCAUCUCACCGCCAAGGGUGCUGCCCGAGUUGUUCCCUCAACAGAAGGGAUACUACGACCUUGACAACCAACUCAAGGAGUCGGGUUUGUGGCCCUUUGUCUCCAGGAGUCGCACCGCCUUCAAUCCCGCUUAUGUCUGGGCCUUCUACUAUAAUCUCCGCCGAGAUGGGGACACCAUCCGGAGCAGCAUCAAUCUCAAUGACAUAGAGUUCGACUUGGCUACUUUUGCUCGGGUUGCAGGGCUGCCCACCCGCGGUGACGACAUCGCGACAUAUGGUGGCGAUGAUUGGAUUCUCAACAACGAGGCGGUGGUCAUCCGAGAGCUUGGAAUCACCAACCUCAUCCGUCACAGCGGCGCACCAUUCAUCCACUCAGCCCCACCGGAAAAGCGUCUUCUACUCUACAUCCUCACCCGGAUUCUUCGCCCCCGGGACGGUAGCCACACCUGUCUCUUCAACGAGGAUCUCAAGGCCGUUCAUGCUAUCACCCAUGGCGCCUCGAUCAAUUGGGCAAAAUUCGUCAUGAUUCACAUGGCGGAUUGCGCCUCCAUCACCACCGAGCGGAGCUUGCCAUAUGCCUUCCCCGUCAUGGAUCUCAUUGUUGCCUCCGACAUCCACAUCGCCGGCCCGGACACGAAGAUGACGAAGAUUUGGAUCAUCCAAGAUAGCACCUUCUGGAAGAAGUCUGGUGACAGAACCGGCGCAGGACCCAGUCGGGCUCCAGCCCUCACUCCCGCCAAAGCCUCUUUACAGUCCAUAGCCGAUACCCUAAAUCGGCUAACCAUCACCGUGGAUGGCAUGGGCCAGUACCUGGAAAGGAUGGAAUGGACGCUGCAACGCCAACACCACGACAUGACGGCGUUCUUCCGUGGCAUCAACUACGUCCCGCCGCCCUUUGACACCACCUUCCUUGGCCAGAACUAUGAAGGCGAGGACGAGGAGGAUAACUCCUAUGCUCCAUCCUCCUCCCCCGACGAAGCCGACUUUGAGGAUGUGGUCGACGGGGACCCCAUGGACGUCGAGGACGACGAAGAAGACGAUGACGCCGAGGAAGAGGACGCCGAUGCCUAGACUCUUCCUUCUCUCCUUUCCCUACUUUAAUUGCAAUUCCUUUAUCUAUUUCAAUUCCGUUGUACUCAGCAUUUUCUCCUCUUUUAAUGAAUAAAAGUUUACUUUUAAACUCUAAAAGUUCACUUUAAAUUCUUUUCGUUAAUGUCAAAAGGGGGAAGAUAUCAAGGAACAUCCGGAAGGUAUCGUAGAGAAAAUUCGGUGUUGGAAUAUUGAAAUAAAGGAGUUAAUUGUUGGAAUCAUUGUUCAUCGACAUAUACAAAAUCCUGGACAGCAACUAUCCUUUGACUUCAGAAACGAUGGAGAUAUGCUCAAAAUACCGCAGGCUGUCCAAUUAUGACGGGAAUGACAAAGUUGGUGAAUUUCGUUCUUGUUUCCACUCCCGCUCAUCCGUAAGGUUUCGGCCGAUGAUUUCCAGGUCUGUACCUUUGCGUUAGACUUGUCGAAUCAUUCAUCACAUGCGUACAUGAACAUAUAUGUUAAUCCAUUUGUUGAAAUCAUUCCAAAAUAUAUAUGUGACACAUAUAUAAGUCAUCUUUGUGUUAAGACCAUAAUACACCAAAAUCAUAAAGUUAUUAUAUAUAAACAUUUGAAAUCAACCCAAAAAUAUGUAUUUAUUAAUCAAAGGUGUUUAAAAGA